AUGGGCAAGUCCUGGGCGCUCAUCAGCCACCUCCACACCGUCGUCGGGCCGAGCAUUACCCUUCUGUACCCACUGUACGCGUCGGUGUGCGCGAUGGAGAGCCCGUCCAAGGUGGACGACGAGCAGUGGCUGUCCUACUGGAUCAUCUACUCCUUCAUCACGCUCCUGGAGAUGCUCGCUGAGCCGCUCCUCUACUGGAUCCCCGUGUGGUACCCGGUGAAGCUGCUGUUCGUGGCCUGGCUAGUGCUGCCGCAGUUCAAGGGCGCAUCCUUCAUCUACGAGAAGCUCGUCAGGGAGCAGCUCAGCAAGUACCGCAUCAGGUACCCGCGCAAGGCUACUGCAGCUGAACUGAAAACACUGUCGUAG